AUGGAUAGGAGAAGCUUUCAUACUUUGUGUCAUUUGUUGAAAACUAUUGGGAUGCUUCAACCGACGAGGCACAUGGGGGUAGAAGAGCAGGUUGCAGUCUUCCUUCACAUUUUGGCUCAUGAUGUGAAGAAUCGAGUUAUUAAAAGACAGUUUAUGAGAUCAGGUGAGACAAUAAGUAGACAAUUCAACAAGGUGUUGCAGUCUGUUUUAAGGUGUCACACCGUACUCCUUAAACGGCCUGAUCCCAUCCUACAAAACCCAACUGAUGAUAGAUGGAAGUGGUUCAAGAAUUGCCUUGGAGCUCUGGACGGGACACACAUCAAGGUUAAUCCCUUACAAGCUGAUAAGGCAAGAUACCGCACUAGGAAGGGUGAAAUUGCGACAAACGUGUUGGGCGUCUGCUCGCAGGAUUGCCAAUUUAUUUAUGUGUUGCCUGGAUGGGAGGGAUCAGCUGCGGAUUCAAAGGUGCUCAGAGACGCUAUCUCUCGUGGAAAUGGGUUAAGGGUCCCGAAAGGUUUCUAUUAUUUGGCCGAUGCCGGUUAUAUGAAUGGGGAAGGAUUCCUAACACCUUAUAGAGGGCAAAGAUACCAUCUGAGUGAGUGGAGACAUGGGGCACAGCCAACGACACCGCAAGAAUUUUUUAACAUGAAACACUCCCAGGCUAGGAAUGUGAUUGAAAGAUGCUUUGGGUUGUUGAAGGGUCGUUGGGCCAUUGUCAGAAAUGAGAUGCCUAUUGACCCUUUAGAGGAUAAUACUGUGGACAUGGCUGAAGCUGCAGACAACUUUGAAGGACAGGACAUGAUAACUCAUGUUGAGUCAUCAAAUGCUUGGACAAGGUGGAGGGAUGAUUUGGCCCAACAGAUGUUUGAUACAUGGAAGAAUGGUAUGGCUGAAAAGGAUUCCCAAUCCAGCAAGCGGAUUAAUCACACCUGGACAUCAGAAGAGGACAGGGUGCUUGUUGAUUGUCUUGUUGAUUCUGGUUUAGCAUGGAAGGGUGAGAAUGGUUUCAGGCCCGGAUUUCCUAAUCACUUAGAGAAGUUGAUGCAUGCUAAAAUUCCUGGAUGUACACUUAAGGGCACUCCACACAUUACGUCUAGAAUCAAGCUCCUAAAGAAGCACUACAAUGCCAUUGCCGAGAUGAUGGGGCCGAAUGGGGGAAGUGGUUUCGGGUGGAAUGAUAGGGACAAAAUGAUUGACGUGGAGAAGCAAAUUUACAUGGACUGGAUUAAGACUCACCCUAAUGCCAAGGGUCUCUACAAAAAACCAUUUCCAUACUACAACGCAUUGGGACCGAUUUUUGGAGAGGACAUGGCAAAUGGAGAGCAUGCCGAGGAUCCAGAGGAUGCAGUCCACAAUAUGGACAAUGAAGCAAUUGGUAUGGCUGAAAGUGGGACUGCCGUGGAAGUAAUUUAUGAUCUAUUUGAAGACAACACAAUCUCACCGAAUUGGGAACCUCCACUCCCUGACACUGCAACUGAAGAACCCACACAAACUUCUCCUGUGUCAAUUUCUGUUGCAAAAAAGGGUAAGAAGAGAGGAAGGAAUGAGGAAGCUUUGGCUAGUGAGGUAUCUGUUGCAAUAAAGGAUCUUGGUAAUGAUUAUAAAACAACAAAUGACAAAAUUGAUAGGUUGAUUACAUGCUUUGAACACCAAGGUGAGGGUUCAAGCAAAAAAACUUCUGUUGUCCAAGAAUUGAAGAAAUUUGAAAUCUUGACAGUUGAACAGAGGGUUAACCUUGCCAUGAUAAUGCAUAAGGAUCCCACUAUAUUGGAAAUUUUUUUGGAAGGAGGUGAUGAAGAAAAACAGUUUGUGGUGGCAUCCUUAUUGAGUAAGGGGUGA